CCACACCUUCCACUCGUGCCUCCUCGACCGUCCUGGGUCCCAGCGGUCCCAACCUGUCCCCGCCCGGCUGCCGGACUCAGCCCUGCUGUCGCCACCACCGCCGCCAGGCAUGAUGGACGGUCCUCGUUCAGAUGUGGGCCGCUGGGGCGGGAACCCUUGGCAGCCCCCCACCACACCUUCUCCGGAGCCGGAGCCGGAGCCGGACAGACGAUCUCGUCGAGGAGGCCGUUCCUUCUGGGCUCGCUGCUGCGGCUGCUGCUCAUGCCGAAAUGAAACAGAUGCUGACUGUGGACCUGAGCCCCACGGAGACCGAGGGUCUGGCAGGGGUCGAGGGUCCAGCUCUGGGGGUCGAAGACCAGACUCCCGGGGCUCAGAUUCCCGCCGGCCUGGCUCCCGGGCCAGUGGUGUGAACGCAGCUGGAGACGGCACCAUCAGAGAGGGCAUGCUGGUGGUGACCAGUGUGGAUCUGCUGAGUUCACGCUCGGACCAGAAUCGCCGAGAGCACCACACAGAUGAGUUUGAGUACGACGAGCUGAUUUUACGCCGUGGGCAGCCUUUCGACAUGGUCCUCCACCUCUCUCGGCCCUAUGAGUCCUCUGAUCAUGUUGCCCUGGAGCUGCUUAUCGGAAACAGCCCCGAGGUGGGGAAGGGCACGCACGUGAUCAUCCCAGUGGGGAAGGGGGGCAGCGGAGGCUGGAAAGCCCAGGUGACCAAGGCCAGUGGGCAGAAUCUAGACCUACGUGUCCACACCUCCCCCAACGCCAUCAUCGGCAAGUUUCAAUUCACGGUCCGCACACGUUCAGAGGCUGGCGAGUUCCAGUUGCCUUUUGACCCCCACAACGAGAUCUACAUCCUCUUCAAUCCAUGGUGUCCAGAGGACAUCGUGUACGUGGAGCAUGAGGAUUGGCGACAGGAGUACGUGCUUAAUGAAUCCGGGAGAAUUUACUAUGGGACUGAAGCGCAGAUUGGCGAGCGGACCUGGAACUAUGGGCAGUUUGACCAUGGAGUGCUGGAUGCCUGCCUGUACAUCCUAGACAGGCGGGGCAUGCCAUAUGGAGGCCGCGGGGACCCGGUCAGUGUCUCCCGGGUCAUCUCUGCCAUGGUGAACUCCUUGGAUGACAAUGGGGUCCUGAUUGGAAACUGGUCUGGUGAUUACUCCCGAGGCACCAACCCAUCAGCUUGGGUGGGCAGCGUGGAGAUCCUACUCAGCUACCUACGCACCGGCUAUUCCGUCCCCUAUGGCCAGUGCUGGGUCUUCGCCGGUGUGACCACAACAGUGCUGCGUUGCUUGGGCCUGGCUACCCGCACUGUCACCAAUUUCAACUCGGCACAUGACACAGACACAUCCCUCACCAUGGACAUCUACUUUGACGAGAAUAUGAAGCCUCUAGAGCACCUGAACCAUGAUUCUGUUUGGAACUUCCACGUGUGGAACGACUGCUGGAUGAAGAGGCCAGAUCUGCCCUCUGGCUUUGGUGGGUGGCAGGUGGUGGAUGCCACACCCCAGGAAACCAGCAGCGGCAUCUUCUGCUGCGGCCCCUGCUCUGUGGAGUCCAUCAAGAAUGGCCUGGUAUACAUGAAAUACGACACGCCCUUCAUUUUUGCCGAGGUUAACAGUGACAAAGUUUACUGGCAGCGACAGGAUGAUGGCAGCUUUAAGAUCGUGUAUGUGGAAGAGAAGGCCAUUGGUACGCUCAUCAUAACAAAGGCCAUUGGAUCCAACAUGCGAGAUGAUGUCACCCACAUUUAUAAACACCCAGAAGGCUCGGAAGCAGAGCGGAAGGCAGUGGAGACAGCAGCCUCCCACGGCAGCAAACCCAACGUGUACUCCACGCGUGACUCAGCAGAGGAUGUGGCGAUGCAGGUGGAGGCACAGGACGCGGUGAUGGGGCAGGACCUGACUGUCUGCGUGGUGCUGACCAAUCGCAGCAGCAGCCGCCGCACCGUGAAGCUGCACCUCUACCUCUCAGUCACCUUCUACACCGGUGUCACCGGGUCUGUCUUCAAGGAGAGCAAGAAAGAAGUGGUGCUGGCGCCAGGGGCCUCGGACCGCGUGUCCAUGCCCGUGGCCUACAAGGAAUACCGGCCCCACCUCGUAGAUCAGGGGUCCAUGCUGCUCAACGUCUCGGGCCACGUCAAGGAGAACGGGCAGGUGCUGGCCAAGCAGCACACCUUCCGUCUGCGCACCCCUGACCUUUCCCUCACUUUGUUGGGGGCAGCCGUGGUUGGUCAGGAGUGCGAAGUACAGAUUGUCUUCAAGAACCCGCUGCCUAUAACCCUCACCAAUGUCGUCUUCCGGCUUGAGGGCUCCGGGCUACAGAGACCCAAGAUCCUCAAUGUGGGGGACAUUGGGGGCAACGAGACAGUGACGCUGCACCAGAAGUUUGUGCCUGUGCGACCAGGCCCCCGCCAGCUCAUCGCCAGCUUGGACAGCCCCCAGCUCUCCCAGGUGCAUGGUGUCAUUCAGGUGGACGUGGCUCCGGCCCCUGGGAGCGGAGGCUUCUUCUCAGAUGCUGGAGGCGACAGUCACUCAGGGGAGACCAUCCCUAUGGCAUCUCGAGGUGGAGCUUAACCCCUGGCCAGGAGCAAUGGGACUGGAGUCAGAGGAGCAAGGACAUUGCCUCGCAGGGACCCAGCGCAGAGCUGCUCUCCAUAGGUUCAGGUGGGGAGACCGGGGCACCUGGGGAGGGGGCCGCUCUUCACUUGCACUGGGCAGCACAGAUGCUAAUAAACUGUUUUUUAAUGAACCGUUUUUAAUGAAACCGUUCUGUCCAUCUACCAGUUCGUCUGUCCCUGCUGCCAGCGCAGCAGCUUUUGAGAUAGGGCCUGCUUGGCGUCAGGACGACCUUGAACAUUUGACUGGUCUUUCCCCACUCCAGGAUGCUUCUAACUGACCAAAAACCCUUCUGAAGCCCCCCGGAGUGAGGCGGGACUGCCUCCCUUCCAUGGCACCCACGGUGGGCGAGAAGGAUCGAAGUGUCCUCUUGUAGGCACACGUUUGAGAUAGAACUAGGCUGGAGUCCUCUCUGAGCAGCAAAAACCACUUUCCAAUAUUUGUUUUCAAAUGUGUUUGGCUAAGAAUAUUUAUAAAAGCAACACAUGUUCAAUGUUGAGAAUUCAGAAGACACGGAAAACCGUAAAGGAGAAAAGAACAAUAAGCUUCAACUACCACCAGGUACAGAAAACAGCCGUUAACAUUGUGUUUCGUAUGCCAAUCCCCCUCACCCCCCACACGGUGUAACCUGUGGUGAGCAUUUUCUCACAGCAUUAAAUAAUCUUUGAAACCAUCAUGUUUACAGACUGGGCAGUAGUCUUGACUUCCAGGCCAUCCUCCUGGUCCUCCUGAAGCCCCUGCUCAGCCUUGGGGUGUCAGAGUGACUCAGGCCUCCAGCCAGGCGCUCCCCCAACCAGCUACACUCUGCCUAGGUGAGUCCUGCCAGUCACGUGGUCUUAAGGACCAUUGGCUCCCCAAAUUGCAUCUGUUUUCCUUGAACUUUAAACUCCCUUAUCUAUUGCCUUCUUAGUGCGUCUGCUGGAGACUCACAGAUGCCCCCCAUGUACUGUCUGAGAUCAAACUCCUGACCUCCUCCAGCAUAUCCCAUGGCCUCCCCAUAUCAGUAAAUGGCAACUCCAUCUUUCCAAGUUUCAUGGGCCCCAAAG